AUGGCAUUAGUUGGCUUGUUGAUCCUCUGCUUUGUGAUUAGCUUUGAUAUGUCCCACUCUUGCCGGAACGCUGAUGACUUUGUGGGUGCCAGUUCUCCUGGGGACAUUGUUAUUGGAGCUCUAUUUGCAGUUCAUAGGAAAAUGCUACAUCCAGAUGAAUACUCCAUAAGACCAGUGUUUCAGAAUUGUGUUGGUUUUGAAAUUCAGGUGUUUCUUCAGACCCUAGCAAUGAUACAUGCUAUUGAAAUGAUCAACAAUUCAACACUAUUGUCUGGAAUUACACUGGGCUAUGAAAUCUAUGACACUUGUGCAGAAGUUACAAAAGCCAUGGGAGCAGCUGUGAGGUUCCUGUCUAAGUUCAACACGUCCAAGAAUGAGGUUGAAUUCAAGUGCAACUAUUCUGACUAUACACCACGUGUUAAAGCCGUCAUUGGAGCCAGCUACUCUGAAGUAACAAUGUCAGUUUCAAGGCUACUGAAUUUGCAACUAAUCCCACAGGUGAGUCAGGCAUCCUCUGCUGAAAUCCUCAGUGACAAAAUCCGAUUUCCUUCCUUUCUACGUACUGUGCCUAGUGAUUUCUAUCAGACAAGAGCAAUGGCCCGCUUGAUCCACAUGUCUGGGUGGAAUUGGAUUGGAAUCAUAGCCACUGAUGAUGAUUAUGGGCGCUUUGCUUUGGAGAGCUUUGGGAUACAGGCCAUGGCGAACAAUGUCUGUAUUGCUUAUAAAGUGAUGUUACCAGCCUUUCUCUCUGAUAGCACCAUUAAUGCCAAAGUUAAUCAAGCAUUUGAGAAGAUUAUCAAAGAAACCAGGGUAAAUGUAAUUGUUGUUUUUAUGAGACAAUUCCAUGUGAUGAAACUAUUUCAAAAAGCCAUUGAGAGGAAUAUAAAUAAAGUCUGGAUUGCAAGUGAUAACUGGUCAGCUGCUGUCAAGGUUAGCAUGAUUCCCUACAUCAAGCGCCUUGGAACAGUAGUAGGAUUUGCAUUCAAAAGUGGAAACGUAUCUACAUUCCAUGACUUCUUGAAAACUCUGCAUGCAAAGCCCAUGGAAAAUAACAAGUUUCUAAAUGAAUACAUGCUACUUUUGUCUGCCUGUGCCCAUGUAAAGGACCAGGAAUUGAAUAAUUGCAUUUCAAAUUGCACCCAGGAGAGUUUAAUGUACAAGGCUGGAGAAAACAAUCAAACCUUGAAAGAUGAUUUUCUGAUUGCCAACAUUGAGCCUGGAUUUAUCCACAGUACUAUGCUGGCAGUCCAAACUAUUGCAUAUGCCAUUCGAGAGCAGUGCCAGGACAGGAACUGCAAAAAUCCCUUUGCUUUUGCUCCCUGGGAGCUUCUUGAAAAACUGAAGAAAGUCAAAAUAACUGACAGUGAAAAAGAAGUUCAUUUUGAUGUCAAAGGAGACAUGAACACUGGGUAUGAUGUGCUCCUCUGGAAGGAAAUCAAUGGGCAGAUGGAGAUCACCAAUAUGGCUCAAUAUGACCUGCAGAAAGAUUAUUUUAUCUUCCCAGAUGAAGAGAAAAAAACUGAAUUUGUGAAUUUAAAGAAAUUUCGGUCAAAAUGUUCCCAGGAAUGCAGGCCAGGGCAAGUGAAGAAGGUUACAGCAAGUCCACAUACAUGCUGCUAUGAGUGUGUGUAUUGCCCAGAGAACCAUUACAGCAAUCAGACAGAUAUGGAUCACUGCUAUCUAUGCAACAACAAAACUCAUUGGUCUCCUGUGAACAGUACUAGAUGCCACAAAAAGACAGUACAGUACCUCAGCUGGAAUGACUGGUUUGCUGUUUUGCUACUAAUCCUCUCUGGACUUGGGGUUGUUUUGAUUGUUAUAAUUAGUGCAAUAUUUACUAGAUACCUGGACACUCCAGUAGUAAAGGCAUCAGGUGGUUUAGUGAUCUGCUACGUUAUACUCCUCUGCCACUUCUUCAUUUUUUUUAGCACUGGCUUUUUCAUUGGUGAACCAAGGGAAUUCAAAUGUAAAACAAGACAAGCUCUCUUUGGCAUAAGUUUUGUCCUCUGCAUCUCUUGCAUUUUAAUGAAGUCACUUAAAAUUUUACUGGCCUUCAGCUUUGAUCCCAAGAUUCAGAAUUUCCUGAAGUCUCUCUACAAGCCUAUUCCCAUAGCAGUGACCUGCACUGGAAUUCAAGUUAUUAUUUGCACUUUCUGGGUAAUAUUUAGAAGCCCUUUUGUUGAACAAAAUUUUUCCAUUCGAGAAGUUAUUAUACUGGAAUGUAAUGAGGGUUCUAUUGUGGCUUUAGGAAUCAUGUUAGGUUAUAUAGCGACUCUGGCUUUUAUUUGCUUCAUAUUUGCUUUUAAAGGUAGGAAACUACCAGAGAAUUACAAUGAAGCUAAAUUCAUAACCUUUGGCAUGCUCAUUUAUUUCAUAGCAUGGAUUAUAUUUAUCCCUGUCUACACAACUACGUUUGGCAAAUACCUGCCUGCUGUUGAGAUCAUUGUUAUUUUAAUAUCAAACUAUGGAAUUCUCUGCUGCACCUUCCUUCCCAAAUGUUAUAUCAUACUGUAUAAGCAAGAAGCAAACACCAAAUCUGCUUUUCUCAAAAUGAUUUACAGCUAUUCUUCCAAGAGUGCAGGCAGCCUUACUGUUAGCCAGAUUUCUUUGGAGACCAAGUGUCCAGUCCCACAGUUUCCAAUCACAAACUCUUGUUGUAAAUCAGAAAAAAUCUCUGUGAAUGGCAGCUGCCAUUUUCAGAUGCCUGGGCAGAGAUUAAUAAGAGGGAAAUUAUCUCCAAAAAAUGUAGCUGGGAUAACACCCAGGAAGAGGUUGUCUAGCAUUUGA